AUGCAUUUUUGUGGUACCUCUAUCUGUUUGGUUGCUAUCGUCCUAAUGGUGACAUCUGUAACUGCUUCAAUUAGCAGGGAUGGUGAUAAUGGUGGUAUUCGUGCUGGAGUUACUCUUGAAAAAAAGUCCGCAGAAGCAGAGAUACCGGAAGUUAUGUUUGGUCCUGUUAAAAGAAAAUUCUUAGGAGAUAAAUCCGAUGGAGAUGAAGAAGAAUGGGAUGAACAAUAA